CUUUGGACUGUAGUAAAGGUACGCAGGUUUUGUUCUCUCUUUUGAUCACUCGCAUAUAAUAUACGUUGCUUCUCCAUUUCCUUACGAUUCUAUUCCUGAUCUGCAUCUGAUAUCAGAUAUGAAUCAGAAACUUCCUUAUUACACGAAUGCUGCUGCUCAUGAAAAUGGAAAAAAAUUAAAUUAAUAUAACUAUCAUCAGAACAGUUCUGCAGAUGUUGUUGCGGGCUGUGAUCUAGUGGGUAUAGUGGUUGGCCAAUCUCUUCGUUACAGGGGUGUUUUGGGUAUCAAAAAACCUGGUAUGGUGUCCAGUCUGUUUCUGACUAUCAUACCUACUGCAGUGGGGGUGGGGGGGAAAGAAAAAUAAAAAGACUGUCAUAACUACUAAUUCGGAAUAGCCUAAGAAUCCCAUUAGAGUAAUGAGGAAGAAAUUUACAGAAAUCAUCAAGAAGAUGGGUUUUGCUUAUUUCAUUGAUGUGCAAAAAGAACUCUUCUAGUGAUGGGUAUCGCAUUGGUUCUGGGUCUGUUCAUUUGAUCUUUUGCAUCUCUUCGUGAGUAAUAUGACACUAAAAUAAUAUAUUUUCAUUUUCAUUGAGCAAAUCACUUAACAUUUCUUUCGUUCACACUGAUUGCUUGUCUUCUGUGAUCAUGACAGAAAAUAGUUUUCUAUAUCCUGCAACAGUGGCGUUUGACUGGCAAAAGGAAAAGAAAAUAAUUAUAUAUUAAAAGAAAAAGAAAUGAAAUGAAAAGAAAGAAUUUUGAAGAAACAGCAAAGACAGCUUCCAAGGACCAAUUCUCAUGCUUCACAUUUACUAUAUGUAAUGUGAAUGCCUCUCCUCGUCACCAACCACUGAUAAUUCCUUCCCUUCUCUCUAAUAACCCCACCGUCAUUUCCUCUCCUCAAAACUCCAUGUACAUUUUAGGCUGUCCAUUUUCCUCAGACCGCAGAAAAAGGUCUGUGCUUUUGCGGUGACAUUUCGUUUGUUUUUGGGUGUUCCAAAACUGGCAAGGUCGCUUGAGAAAGCUCCGUAUUUGAGCUUGCGUAUGUGGUACCACUUGAUUAAACCCAGAAAGGAAAGCCAAACAGAAUUCCUGCAUAUGGAGACUUUGGACAAUGGGAUUGGUUUGAGAGUCUCGGAAUGAGAUUAUCUCCAUGUGGGGCUUUCGGGGUUGUUUUAAGAAGAGAUCUAAGGUUUGAGUUUGGUUCAUUUUCCGAGGAGGCGGCUGUGGAGAGGUGAUUUCAGAAGUGGUUCUGUAAACAGGUAACUUGGUAUCGGAUAAAAAAUGGCAACUGAUCUUAGCACAGGACUGUCCACGAAGACAUUUGUUUUUGGUCUGAAGUUAUGGGUGGUAAUGGGGAUCACUGUGGGGUUGUUUAUUGUAAUUAUCCUUGUGGUCCUAUCAUUUUGCCUUACUUCACGGAAGAAAUCCAGAAAGCCUAAUGACAUGCUUCCCGUUGGCCAGAUUCCAACUGUUUCAGAAGAAAUCAAAGAGAUUAAGGUUGAUCAAAUUUCAGCUAACCAUUACAUUCCGCAACAUGGUGCUUUCCUUACCCUUAAUGAAAAAUUGACCAACAGAGAGUUGGAUAAAGUUAUGCUUCAUUCAAAGAAUGGGGAGAAUAAUAGUCAAUCGGGCUCAUUUAAUCAUACUGAGCAAGAAGGUAUUAGUUCUCAUUCAGGAGAAGAGGGAGGUUCGGGAAAACUUCCUGUUUACAAGCCUCUUUCGCAUCCCAUCUCUGCUGCUUCACCUCUGUCUGGUUUGCCUGAAUUCUCUCACCUUGGCUGGGGUCACUGGUUUACAUUAAGGGACCUAGAACGAGCAACAAACGGAUUUUCAAAGGAAAAUAUUAUUGGUGAGGGGGGAUAUGGUACUGUUUUUCGAGGUCAUUUGAUUAAUGAGACUCCUGUAGCUGUUAAGAAGCUCUUCAACAAUUUAGGACAAGCUGAGAAAGAAUUUAGAGUGGAAGUUGAUGCUAUAGGUCACCUUCGGCAUAAGAACUUAGUUCGUCUUUUGGGGUAUUGCAUUGAAGGAACUGAAAGGUUAUUGGUAUAUGAGUAUGUCAACAAUGGCAACUUAGAGCAGUGGCUCCAUGGAGCCAUGCGUCAACAUGGAUAUCUAACUUGGGAAGCUCGGAUCAAAAUUCUCCUCGGUACUGCUAAGGCGCUGGCUUAUUUACAUGAGGCUAUUGAGCCUAAAGUUGUACAUAGAGAUAUCAAAUCAAGCAAUAUAUUGAUUGAUGAUGACUUUAAUUCUAAGCUAUCUGAUUUUGGUCUUGCCAAAUUGCUGUGUGCUGGAACCAGUCAUAUUACGACUAGAAUUAUGGGUACCUUUGGAUAUGUUGCUCCAGAAUAUGCUAAUUCUGGCCUCCUAAAUGAGAAAAGUGAUGUCUACAGUUUUGGUGUUGUGCUUCUGGAAGCAAUUACUGGAAGGGACCCAGUGGAUUACGGACGGCCACCAAAUGAGGUAAAUCUAGUCGACUGGCUCAAAUUGAUGAUUGGAAGCAGGCGCUCUGAAGAGGUUGUGGAUCCUAACAUUGAGACUAGACCAUCAACAAGUGCCCUUAAACGAGCCCUUUUGACUGCUUUGAGGUGUGUCGAUCCUGAUGCUGGCAAGAGACCAAAGAUGAGUCAAGUUGUCUGCAUGCUCGAGUCUGAGGAAUAUCCUAUACCCAGAGAGGAUCGAAGACGCAGGAGAAGUCAGGCAGACAAUGCAGUGCCUGAGUCUUGUUGAGAGAGCUCUGGGACGGGAAAGAGUGACAAUCCAGAUUUGAAGCCGGAUGACAGAAGAAACCACCAGACAUAGAAUGAACCAAUUACAGAAUCUGUGGGUAUUGGACCAAGUUUAAAAUCUUGCAUUCUUUUAAUGCCCUCGUUAGGAUCAAGGGAGGGAAAACAUAAAAUGAGUGAUAGAGGGUGGCUUAGCCUUUUCUUUUUAAUACCUAGAUUUAGAUGUUGUGAAAAAGGAUGUUUUGUUUCUGUAAGAGGAAGUUUUAACAGAACACCCCUACUUACGGUGGUGUGUAUAGGUCUUUGGAGACGUAUAAUUUUUUAUUUCUGCCUUUUGGGUUAUAGCUGUUACACCAUUUUAGUGC